AAACAGGAAGCGGCGGCUGCGGAAGUGACGCUACCCAAUGGCAUGUCACGGCCGCUGGCGACACUGUCUGAUCUGCGCUGUUGCUGGGCAGCGGCGUGGGAGGAACGGCCUGCCUUGUGCGCGUCCCCGUAUGUGUCGUGUUCGAGGUGCGCGUGCCCAUCAUCUUACUGGUGGAACAGGGAACGCUUUUGUCGCCGCUUGAGGUAGUACAUACUGCGGGCCCAAUUGCCGCCACCCUCUCACCCGCCGGACUGCCCUGUCAGACAUGGGCUGCUUUUUCUCUAAGAAAGCGAAGAGGAAGGGAAGCUCCAAGGGCGCAGAACAGCAGCAGCAGGAUGGGGAGGAGAGCAGGCAGCAGUACAGCUGGGAUAAGCGAGAGAAGGUGGACCCGAAAGACUACAUGUUUAAUGGAUUGAAAGAUCAAACUAUAGGACGCUUGCCAGAUAAAGUUGCAGGCCAGCAAUUUGUUAUACAGGAUUGUGAGAACUGCAACAUCUAUAUUUUUGAUCAUUCUGCCACCAUCACUAUUGACGACUGUACGAACUGCCGCAUAUUCUUAGGGCCAGUAAAAGGCAGUGUGUUCUUUCGCGACUGUAAGGAUUGUAAAUGCGUUGUGGCCUGCCAGCAGUUCCGCACUAGGGAUUGUAGGAAAAUGGAUAUAUUCUUGUGCUGUUCUACCCAGCCAAUUAUUGAAUCCUCCACUGGCAUGAAGUUUGGCUGUUUCCAGUUCUAUUACCCAGAGCUGGCUGGACAGCUUAAGGAGGCUGGGUUGAGUAUCUUCAACAACACAUGGAGCAACAUCCAUGAUUUCACCCCUGUGUCGGGAGAGACCAACUGGAGUCUUCUUCCUAGUGACUAUUCCGUCCACGAUUAUGUCCCCCUUCCAGAUUCUGACGAGCUGAAAGUAGUGCGAGUAUCUACAGAUGCCAACCGGAGCAUAGUGCCAGUCACCUGGGGACAGCGACCGAAGAAGAGUGAUGAGUCCUGCUUGGUGGUUUUCUUUGCUGGAGAUUAUACCAUUGCAAACGCACGAAAGAUGAUAGAUGAGAUGGUUGGCAAGGGCUUAUCACUCAUUCAGACUAAAGAAGUUGCGAUGAAACCAGAAGAUGCAAAAAGGGUUUUUAAGGACCGAGCCACUGACUUUAUACCAUUGCUGGAGAAAGGUUCUGUUGUUGCAUUGGAGUUUAAUGGUGAUGGAGCCGUAGAGAGCUGCCAUUCUGUCAUUGGCAGCAUCUUCAGUGGUACCGAGGUGUUUGUUUCAGAAAACAAGACGUCCUCUUCUCAUGAUGUGGAGAACUUCUACAACUUUGCUGAUAUACAGAUGGGAAUUUAGAGUCUGUUUACCUGCAACAAUUGUCCCUUCCAGAAACUACUUCCAGUAAAGCAUUCUGAACAGAUUACGUGACCUACUAUUCAUAAGAAAAUGAAACCGUGCACCUUGUAUUCAGUGAUUUGUGGGUAAAGACAUGGCGCGCACACGCAGUGCUCUGAUCUCUCACCACACUUUCUAUUUGGUGUAGAAAUCAAAGGUUUUCCUGUGUUUUAUCUGAAGACAAUUGUAGCCACAAGGCAGUGCUUACAUUGUGUUGAAUUUGUAAAAUACUGUACAUUUAUUACAGGCUUGGUUAGGCUGUGCUGCAUAGAACAUUACAUUCCAGAUGGCAUAAUGCCAUUGAGCUGGUUAAUUAUGGAAGAUUUAGUAGUGAAUUAAAUAUAUAUUUUUAUUUUCUAAUAUUUAUUUUUAGAUUUUACACAACAUGCAGUAAUCGUUCUACAUUUUAAUACUUUUUUUUUUUUUAAA